GCCAAACAGCCUUAAAAAGGAAUUUCAAGAUCUCCGACUUCCCAGCAAAUCUGCUUCCAAAAACCUCAAGCUCAGCCAGCCAGCUUUCUUCUAUAUAUAUAUAUAUAUAUGUCCUCUCCCCUUCUAUAUCUCUGAGAUCUCUCUCUCCCCCCCCCCCUCUCUCUCUCUCUAUAUAUAUAUAUAUUUAUAUAUGAGUCUUUCUCAAUUCUCACAUCAGAUUAUCUCAUCAGAAGCAUAACUAUGGGAAGUAGCUAUUUUGGAGACCCAAAUAACAACAUGAUGAGAAAUGAAAGAGCAAAUGGGAUAUCUUCUUCUUCAUCAUCCAGAAAAGGGAAGAAGAACAGUUCAGAUAAGCCAAAGCAGCCACAGAGAGGUCUUGGAGUUGCUCAGUUGGAGAAAAUCAGACUACAUGGCCAAAUUGCUUGUGCUUAUCCUCCUCCUCAUUUUCAUUCUCCUUAUAAUAGCGUCCCUUCUUCCUCCUUCACCCAUGAAGAUCCAACACUUCAAACGGCUUAUUCAUCACUUCCAUCUUCAUCUUCAUCAUACGCUGCUUCAUAUGGCUUCCAUCCCAACGUUGUGAUGGGAGUGCCUGAAUUUGAAAGAACAAACGUCAGAUACGAUUCUCAGCCAAGAUCAUGGGACCAUUCCAACCCAGUGUCAAAGACUCAACCUCUAGCUCAAUCCAACGUAACUAGACCCUUUCUUAACCUAUAUGAUUCACAUCAUCGUAGUGGAUCUGUGAGGUCGAGCAGUCAGAAUUCUGAAUCAAGUGACAACCAAGAACUAGAUUUGGAGCUGAGAUUAUCUAUUUAAUUAAUCGGAAAUAUAAUUUCCAUUGCCACUAGAAAUUGAAGAAAUUAUCGUGAGAAUUAAUGUACUAAUAGCUUUCAUUUACAAAUUAAUUAGAGUAUUAUUGUAGAAGUACAAAGGAUGAGCAAGCCAUCAGAGCGAUUGUGCAUGUUGCCUUGUUUGUCUUAAUUAAUCAAGUUUUAUUUUGAUAUCUUGUAAUAUUGAUUAUAUAAACAAAAUAGACUUUUUGGCUAAAACAAUAUGGCCGAAAGGUUUUCUCAAAGAAAUUA